CUCGUCUAUGCGUUAUGUAUGCGCAGAUACGGACGACGGAUGCAGUGCUAACUUUCGCGGAAUAUUUGUACGAGAUGCCACGUAGUGACGACUGAUCUUUCUCGCAUCAUACGCGUUGUAAGGUUGCAAGAACUUGCUGACAAAAUAAUUACAGUCAAAGGUUCUGAAUAAUCGUCAGAAUUUGUCCACUGCCAGAAACUGCUAUGCCUGAUGAAAACUAAAGUUAAUCAUACCCUGCAGCAAAGGUGACAUCCUCGGAUGAAUCCUAACAGCCGUGUGCCUCCUCUCAGGAAUUCAUCACAAUAUCCUCGUCAUGUCAGUGCCAACCAUGUACCCAGGCCAAAUCAUCAGCCAAGAUGGCCUGUCAAUCACGUUCCAUACGCCAAGGACUAUAGGCAGUGCUACCAAAAUGGGGAUUGUCCAGCCAUGCAGAUAGCUGGUGGUAAUGUGCCUCCAAAAGAAUCCGGUUAUCUCAGCUACCCGAAACCUGGAAGUCCACCUGUUAAUGGCCAUGGAAUCUACACACCAGAGAUUGUGCCUGGUGAUGUUUCUCCACCAUUGCGAAUAAAUAUAUGUGCACAGCGAUGCUGUUGGUCUCCACCCGUAGAGCCGCUGAGUCAUUCUCAGAGGGAAAUGGAAAAUACUUUGUGUGGUCCACCCAUCUUGAGUGUCAGUCCUAGCGGUUUGCCAGCAAGCACUGUGGAUGUUCAUCAACAUACAGGAGUAGGUCUGGAAUUUUCACCGAGGCGGACAGUCACUGCUGGAGAAAUUCGCCUGAGUCCUUUACAAAUUCAGCAUUCGCCUCCGUAUUUUAGAACUAACAGUCAAGAUGAUGGAAGGAAGAGUGAAAGCCCUUCGCGAAAACGAAGGAGAGUGUCUCGUGGAGGCAUUCAGAUGGCAGUACCUGUUCCCACAACAGCACCACAUACGAGGACACCUUGGGAACAGCGCCGUUCUCCCAGGCACCAGUCAACUGCUCGGAGUGUAAGUAACAGUUUGAGACGCACCAUGCGUUGCACGCCCGUGUGGGGUCCGCUUCCCCACCAGGAGUCGCCCUACACGCCGUUCCACCCACACCCGGCGCACACGGCUCAGAGUCCUGCCACAGUGCCAAUACCGCUUCCACUGUCGCUGUACCCUGGCAGCAGCCCCCCUCCGCAGCACGGCUGCCACCAGCAUGGGCUGUACGGCUGCUGCAGCUGCCCCCCAGCAUUCCCUCCACCGCCCUCAGGGCCUCCGCCGAUGCCUCCACCACAAGUGCAGGUUCCGCAGUUUGGGAGUUGCCUACCACCCCAUCAUCAGUCAUAUGCAGCAUUUCUUCAGGCGCAAGCUCAACCAACGCCUGGGUUCACAGCUCCUCCCAGUCCGUGCCUUUCAGUUUCUCCAGUCCAUUUCCCUCAACAACCUCAGCAUGCUGAUGCAGUGGAACUCCUGGCGGACCAGCGAUCUACAUUCCACCAGCUGCAUGGCACCCAUCUGCACACGACUACUCCAUCUCCACCACCGAUUUUUGUAACAGAGCAAAGAACAGCUCAAGUAGAUCACCUAUCAACACGAAGUCGUAGACCUAGCACACCCAGCAGACGUGUUGGACCACGCCGGUGGAGACCUACUCCUACUCUUCCUGCUUCCACAUCAUAUCCAGGGCUUCUGUUACACUUCCUUGCUAUGUUCUCAAAUGCUCCAUUGUCACCAUACAGUCAAGCUGAUUUGGGUAGCCCUGAUUCAACAGAGACUGAAAACUAUGAAGCUCUGCUCCAUUUGGCAGAGAGAUUGGGUGAAGCCAAGCCUCGUGGACUGGCAAAAAUUGAGAUAGAGCAGCUACCCUCGUAUAAGUUCAACGCAGACACACACCAUGGUGACCAGACGUCAUGUGUUGUAUGCAUGUGUGAUUUUGAAGCCAGGCAGAUGCUUAGAGUUCUUCCUUGUUCACAUGAGUUCCACGCAAAGUGUGUUGACAAGUGGCUGAAGUCCAACAGAACGUGUCCCAUCUGCCGUGGAGAUGCAUCUCAUUAUUUCAGCCACCAGGAUUAGAGAGCAAGUAAUACAGCAGAACUUGGAAGUGCUAUUUUCUUAUGUUAAGAGAAUAUAUUUCUUGUUAUAUAAAGAAAAUUGAAAAGAUUUAAUCUUUAUGUUGUUAGAUGUGUUCCUUUGAUGUUAUUUAUUCUUGUUUUGUUCAUUCUGUCUAGAGCAGUUUACAUGAUUAUUUUCUUAGAAGUAAAAUCAUAUAAACAGAUGAACAGAAGUUGUACUUCGUAGUUUUUUGUAAGUUAUUUUUAGAUUUUUCAUGCCUCUUACAAGCUCUGUGGUUUCCCAAUUAAUAUUAUUACACAGACAAAUAAUAUAUUAAUAAGCUGCAUGUGUGUGCCCUGUUGAGAAGGAUAAGGAACACAUUCAGGGUAUCAACAUAUUAGCAUGUGUCAUUAACUCCCCCCACCUAACACUCCCGUCAACCCACCAUGACAAGUUCUUUGUCAAACUUCUGAUGGUUACUGGUAUCCAUUAAAAAAAAUCUAAGAUUAUCUCAUUAAUGGUAUAUUUUUAUGGUUUAGUUUUGAAGGUUAAAUUUGCCUUAAAAAAAAGAAGUCUGUGAAGUAUAUAAUAUGUCUUACAUUCUUCAGUAGAAAUUAUACAAUUAGUUUAAGCAUAAGCACAAUGAUUUACAAAGUUGGGUGAAGUGUUGUAAAGUUAAUGAAU